GGUCUAAUACCGUCACCUCGAGGUGCUCACAGCGCAGUGAUGCGGUCUGGUAUAAUGAUUAUCUGGGGUGGUUAUUCGGGCACCACUCUGUCAGAUUCAGAAGCUCAUUUUUAUGACUCUAAAGCUAACGCAUGGGUUGACUCAAAGGCAGCAUCUACAGUUCUCGCCUCAAAUAACUCAACGUCCAAUCGUCCAUCAUUGGGAAUUAUUAUUGGCAUUGUUAUUGCUGGCGUCAUAGUAAUAAUGUGUAUAAUAGGUUUCUUUAUUAUGCGCAAAUGCAGAUCGAGAAAAGUUCUAGAUGACUGUGAAGUCCAAAAUGACCCUUACAUUCGUCCCGGUGGUCAGCUUAGUAGCAAUCUUGAUCUUCCAACUAAUGACGAAGAUAAGAAGACUCAAACAAAGAAUAUGUCAACUUUUGAACCGAUAACUAUAGAAUCAAUACCACCACCUCCAACACCACUAAAUCAAUUGCAGUCACAAGGUGAAAAAGAGCCUGAGCAAUCUAAUCCUGGUUCGAUGGUUUCGAACGAUCUACAAUUUUCCCCAAAUAUGCCGCUUUCAAAAAAGCAAACUAAGCACAUGUCCACAGAAUCACAGCGAAUGAAGCGAACCUACACCCACACCCACAAACGUACAUCGUCAGUUUCAUUAUCCCGAGCCGAUUUGGAAAGCAUUCGACCCCCUUCAUUUGUGUAUCACAAAUCGUCGUUGUCUGCAAGUAGCAUCAACAGUUCUACCAAUCGUUCAUCCUGUGCAUUCGAUUCAAUACCUAGUGGGAACA